GAGAGAGAGAGAGAGAGAGAGAGAGAGAGAGAGAGAAUGCGCCUGCGUACUUGUUUACGUGUGUGGUUUGGGGGGUGUGUUUCUGGACUAAACAGCUACCAGAACUCUUAAACAUGGUUAGAGUUGUGUUCAUAGCUACUAGGAGGGACUGGGAGAGAGUCUGAAUGAGUGGAGAACAGUAUAAUUUGUACAACAUAGGAGGGAAGCCAGCGAGAAGAAUGAGGAAUCUGAUGUCUGUCAACAUCAGCCUCCUCUGUGCUGUGAGCUGUGUGAUGUCAUCAGUGAUCACAAAGAGAGGGAAAGAAGGAGGAAAUUCUAGCAUUCAGUGUCCUUAUGACCGGGGGUUUGAGACAAACCAGAAGUACCUCUCUAAAGGGAUCUGGGCCUACCGGGUUGACGUGAUCAAAACCCAAACGCAUCAGCACCCAGCGUGGACUCAUGAAGGGAGAUUCUCUCUGUAUGACGACACAGAGAGAAGAGUCUUCACUGUGACCAUCACUAACCUGAUCCAGGAGGAUUCUGGGACCUACUGUUGUGAAAUUAACACAUGGUGGUGGUAUCACAAGACUGAAGUCAGGAUCACUGUGGACAGAGCUCCUGUUCCUCCCAACCCUGGCUCCGUCACCUCCAGACCUCUCCUCUCCACGACACACCCAUCAACAAACAUCACCAUGACAACUGACUCCUCAAACUCCACAGCAGAUAGGACCAAUGGAACAGUAGGAACAACAUCACCACCCACAGACAUGACUAGAACACAAGGUAACAACAGCAUCAUCACCACAGACAGGACUAGAACACAAGGUGAUGUGAUGUUCUCUGGUGUUGUUCUGGGUGUUCUAGGUGAUGUGAUGUUCUCUGGUGUUGGUCUGGGUGUUCUAGGUGAUGUGAUGUUCUCUGGUGUUGGUCUGGGUGUUCUAGGUGAUGUGAUGUUCUCUGGUGUUGUUCUGGGUGUUCUAGGUGAUGUGAUGUUCUCUGGUGUUGGUCUGGGUGUUGUUCUAUUACUGCUGGGUCUGCUGCUGUUCAUGUUCUUUAGACAGAGGAGAGACAGAGACAGGAGACCAACAGCAUCUAAACACUCUGCCAGACUGUUGGUGUCUGGCUCCAUGACAACCAACCAGGAUCCAGACACAGGAACCAUCACCAACCCCAUCUAUGCCACAGGAACCAAUCAUAACCCAGAUACAGCCUGUGAUAUCAACACCAUCUAUGCCAAGGCAACCAAUCCUCAUCCAGAUGACAUCUACUCCAACGUUGGAGGUGGAGAGGAUCCAGACAGUGUGACGUAUGCUACUGAUUCGGACCAAGAUGGACAUGAGCUGCAGCUCUUCGUCUCUCUGGUCUAA